CCAUUGCCCGAAACUAAUUUCAAUCAUUACAUAUGAUGGAGAAGGUAACCACCACCACCACCACCACGGGCACAACCGCACCCAUGGCGGCUAAAGUUAGCCCUGCGGCAAAGAAGACGCUUUUAAUCUUGAAUUGCAUCUUGUUAUCCAUCGGAAACUGUGGUGGCCCAUUGAUUAUGCGGCUCUACUUCAUCCAUGGCGGCAACCGCGUCUGGUUAUCCUCGUUCCUGGAAACCGCCGGGUGGCCGUUCAUCGUUAUUGUCCUCAUAAUCCUCUACUUCCACCGCCGUGCCGCCGGAAAAAACGGAAACAAUAAAAGAACAACGUUCAUCUACAUGCGUCCAAGAUUGUUCUUCGCGGUAGCCUUCGUCGGUGUGAUCACCGGUUUCGACGACUAUCUCUACGCUUACGGCGUCGCCCGCCUCCCCGUCUCCACCUCCGCCCUCAUCAUUGCUUCUCAGCUAGCUUUCACGGCGUUCUUUGCUUACCUUCUCGUGAAACAAAAAUUCACAGCGUAUUCAGUAAACGCGGUGGUGCUUUUGACCGUUGGUGCGGGUGUGCUGGCGUUGCAUACGAACAGUGACCGGCCGGAGGGGGAGACUAAGAAGCAGUAUGUGAUGGGGUUUGUGCUGACGGUGGCGGCGGCGGUGCUGUAUGGGUUUAUUCUGCCGUUGAUCGAACUAACGUACAACAAGGCAAAACAGGCCAUUACAUAUACACUGGUGUUGGAGAUUCAGAUGGUUAUGUGUUUGUUUGCUACUAUCUUUUGUAUGGUUGGAAUGAUCAUCAACAAUGACUUCAAGGUGAUUCCGAGGGAGGCAAGAGAUUUUGAUUUGGGGGAAACCAAGUAUUACAUAAUAAUGUGUUUUAGUGCAUUAAUCUGGCAAUGUUUCUUCUUGGGGGCCAUAGGAGUGAUCUUUUGUGCAUCAUCGUUAUUAUCAGGGAUCAUAAUUGCUGUUCUUCUUCCAGUGACAGAGGUAUUAGCUGUUGUCUUUUACAAAGAGAAGUUUCAAGCCGAAAAAGGCGUUGCACUCGUUUUGUCUUUAUGGGGAUUUGCUUCUUACUUCUAUGGAGAGUAUAAGUUUAUGAAAAAAUCCAAAGAUAACACACAAUCUACUCAACAAUCAAUGGAGUUGGCACAAGCUAAUUACUCUUCAGUAUAAUCUUUAAAUUGAAUUUGAUGUUGGAUUUCAAAUUAGCAAAACAUUUUAUUUCUUUUAAAAAUAGUUAUAAAGUGCGAAAAAUUGAGAUUUUUCGAAGAUAUCUUAUAAAAAUAGAAUCCA